AGGAAAACAAUGAAGAGUUGAAGAAAAAGGUUGUUACACAGCCUGUGUGAGUUCGGCUGUGGCUGUGGCCUCAGGAGAUCUCAGCUAAGGCGCUGCGGCCAAACCUUCUCUUAACCUCAACGCCGACCCUCCUCCUCGAAUGAACAUCGACCCAAUCUUCUGCGCCAUACCAUGACGAGCAUGAGCACAUGGUAAGCAUUGGAUAAAGCCUCUGAGUCGAGCUCACGACUCGAGACUGCGAGCAUGUGCAGUGCUCAGAGACCGCCUGUGCAAGACGCUGCAUUUUCCGUGGGCUCAAUCUCCUGACCUGACUCAACACAACCUGUCUCCGUCCUUGUCGUCCAAUCUUCAGCUUGGGCCUUUCACUGAUAGUAUGCAUGCCGUCAGAUCCCGUCUCCCGCUGUGGGGUGUGCGGGCGGAUUAAUUGCUCUAGAUUUUCAGGGGAAGAGGAUGUGAUGGCAGGUACACAAUACAGUUGGCGUCUCAGACUCUCAGCAUAUCACAUCGUCCGUGCGUCAGGAAUGUACAGCAGAACCUGCUUUCAAGAUCCUCACAUUCAUUGUGUAUUGAGGUCGCCGUUCAUCAUUUCUCGAUCCCAUAAGUUAGGAACGAGCCAUUUAACUCUCAAUUUUCUGAGUUUUCUUAAUCCAUGGGGAAAGGAGUCUUGUUCGUACGAGUACAUCAGAUGGCGCAAUGUCAUCAGGUUCAAGGUUCUGCUCGUCCUUGCUGCUCCCCUGCGCCACAAAUCCCAUUCGACUGGCUCAAACAGUUGUGUGCCAUCCACAGGGUUUCAUUUUGUUAUCCCUCUCACUCACCCCUAGAUUUUCUUCUUUAUCACCCAGGACCUCUUGAAGGCCCAAGUCCCCAAUGUUGCUGACUGUCACUUAAUUUUGGGUCGAUCUCAUAUUGUGUCUGUUACUUUCUAAUAUUUCCUAAUAUUUCAUCAUGACUACCCAGAGGAAACUUGAGACUGAUUUCCCAGUUCACGAUAUGAUAUCUCCAAUAUCCCCGCUUUCAUCAAGGACAAUUUCAAUGUUUGGUGAUCAUUAUGCUGCUUCUGAGAAAUAUUCGCCAUAUUCAGACAAGGCCAGCCCACAGAGUUUAUUACAAGCGAAGCCAUGGCCAUCGCGGCCACAGAAGCUGCACAAAGGCUUGGGAGGGUACAGGUGGUGGGAAUCGACAGUCGAUGUUAUUAUGAUAUUGAUUCCAAUUCCCUUCUUCAUACUUGGAGCAGCCGUCAUUGCCGUGAACGGUAAAGUGGUGGAAGGUCGCGAGCUAGACAUACUUCAGCAGUCCAUCAAAGGAGCUACCACACUAUUUCCCAUUUCUUUCGCUGCCAUUACCGGAAGAGCAGCAGUCAAAUAUGCCACGUGGAAACUGGAGCAAGGCACGACCCUCGGAGCUUUGGAGCAACUGAUGGGUAGCAGAACUGUUGCAAGUACCUUCGUAACCCAAGUACAACUCCGAUCCUUCAACCUCAUCGGCCUCGGUCUUCUCUUUGUUUGGUCACUAUCGCCUCUGGGUGGGCAGGCCAUUUUGCACAUUCUAUACACCCCUGAGAAGUUCACCACAACCGAGGCGAAUAUCACCUAUUUCAAUUCAAGGCAACAAAGCUAUUCAGCCCCAGCAGGCCCGUUCCAAAACCAGUGGUAUCCUGGAUUUACUGUAUUAUUUGGGUCAUCUUUACUGGCGCCAACGACUGUGAAAAAGAGCAGCAUGGACAUAUGGGGUAACGUGAAGAUACCCUAUUAUUCUAGUCUCUCUUCGAGCGCUCCUAGAGACAAGGAUGGCUGGGUACAGCUGUCGGAAGCAAAUACCUCACUCGUUUACUCUUCUCUAUUUGGAAUACCUAUUUUUGGACUCGAGUAUGGAAAUACCACAUUGAAUAUGGAGUCUGCGUAUAUAGAAUUGUCCUGUUCCAACAUGAGUACGACACCAAUCCUGGAGACACCAACAAAGGAACUCAUCAAGACUGAUAUUAUUUCUACUGUUGGUCCAUUUGUUAGCUUUGAAAAUGCUUCGGACCACACUUCUUGGACUAUUGGAUACAAAGGAGAAGAUAUCACAGCCGUCCGAGUUUCUGAUGAUUCGACAUAUGUGUUUCCUCAGUUCUGUCCUGAUUGUCUCCCUUCAGAUUUUGCCAACGUCUCCUUUCCACCAGGCAUGAUUGCCUUCCAAGAAUGGGCUGGUUUUGAUACUGCAACAUCCAUUUUCUGUACGCCGUCACAAGUCUACGUCGAGUCCACCAUUUUUUGCGACAGAGACUCUGGAUCUCAGCACUGCGAAGUUACUGCCCAGCGACCAUCCGUCUUACCACACCUACCCUCAGAAAUUACCUAUCUUAGCUUUCCCGAAGUCGCAUUGGGUGUCUCGGCUCUUCUCCCUAACUCGACUCCAAGCUUCGGAGCAGUCAACCAGUUCCAAAACUAUCUUUACGACCCGCUGUCCCAAACGAACAUCAUAUCAGGCGUCAAUUCUCUCAGCAGCGACGGAUCCCCGAGUCGUCUUCAAAGCGUGCCACUAAAGGACUUCGGAAAUCGGUUGGGCCAAUUACUAAAUGCAUACAUAUACUCAAGUAUGUGGAAUGCGACGACAUACAUCACAGGAGCAUCGUUUACGGGUAUUGAGAACAACUUGGUGGGAGGCAAUAAUGCGAGCUUCAUCCCCGCCAGCCCUUCGGAUCUCACAGCCAUGAUUCGAAAUCGGACAGCUGCUUUCACAGUUUCGGCAGCUCAAACCAACGAGUCGCAAGUCUAUUUUGCUUUCUUUCCUUGGCUGAUUGUAUUUCUCAUUUCCAAUUUGGUCAUGCUAUUGGCUGCAAUCGUGGGUGUGUAUUACUCGAGGAGGACUAUUGUUCCAGAUUACCUCGGAUUUGUUUCCAGCCUGGCCAAGGAAAGUCCCUUUAUCCGUAUGCCAGAUGUAGGAGUGAAUAUGGAUGGAAUGGACAAAGCGAGGAUGGUGAAGGAGAUGAAAGUGAGAUUAGGGGACGUGAGUGAUGUAGAGCAUGGAAAGGCUCAGGUUGGACGGUUAGCAUUUGCCAGGAUGGAGGAGACUUCACCAGUCAAGAAAGAUAGAUUAUAUGUUUGAAUCGUGCAAAACUCAUGAGUAGUAAUUUAUGAACAUCCUCC